AUGGCAAUGUUUCGUAGGAUGAAGGAUCUUGUGAAAGAUCUACCUUUGUUUCAGGAACAACAACAACAACAGCAACAGCAACAACAAACAAAUGAUCAUUUAUCGCCUAGAACAACAACGACAACAACUACAAGUGGACAUCAUUCUCCGUUAUCACCAACACCACAACCAAUAACACCACCUACACCACCAAUAAGAAGAGAUUAUGAUAGUUAUGCAAAUAGAUCAACAACAACAACAACCACUACAAAUCAACAACAGCAACAACAACAACCACCAUCUAUUGAUCUAUGGAGUAUAUUCACUAGUUCAGAGGUUCCCUCUGUAAAACAACAGCAGGCAUCGACUGCCAAACUUCGUUCGCUAUGGCAAGACUUUCUCUCGAGUAAGUCUGACCGCGACAAGAUCAGUCGUCUCAAUCGUCUGCUCCCACACUUUAUUGCGCUUGCCGAAGACCAGAAGUUGGACGUCCGCAACAUGACCGACAUCUUUGGAAACAACGCCAAAGCAUUUGCUUUUGCCGUUUCACGUCGUCUAGUAAAAGAUCUCCAGGAGUUGGCAAAGCUACAACAACAACAACAACCUGGUAGUGGCGGUACCGGCCAGCAACAACAACCACUCACCAAAGAGAUGCACUCGAAAGAGGUAUACAAAUACUUCUCACAGGCCGGCAGCAACAUGUCAUUCGGUACCGAUCUAACCGAUCUAUAUCCACCAACUAUUACAUAUAUCAAUUCAAAGAAAAUAUUAUUACAUUUAAUUCAAGAUUUAAAUAAUUAUUUUGCAUUCACAACAGAGACAUAUGUUGCAAUAUGUCAAAUGAUUAUAAAGAUUCUACAGGAAUCAUCGAAAAAGUCGGCCAUUUUGUUGGACGACUUCCACAAGAUCGAUGGAUACAACUUUUUGUUGACAUCGCUCUUUAGACUGGAGUCUUCAAAGGAGAAAGCCUACUUGAUCGACUUCUUCCUCGAUUCACUGUGUUCGUUGAUCUACGUUGGUUACGGCCACAUCACAAUACCAGAGAGUUCACCUGUUCCCUAUCAAACCUCAAUUUCACAUAAUCUUAAAGAAAUAUCAAAUCAAUUAUAUAUAACAAAGAAUGAAUCAGCAUUUCUAGACUAUGAAUUCUUGAGUAAUCCUUUAAAAUAUCAUGUUAUGAAAAUAGUAUGCUUUGUAGUAACAGUUUUAAAUUAUGUUCCAUUCCAAGAGUUGAGUACAUUCUCUCUUCUCUUGAAUGAGAAUCCAUCGGUAUUCACAUUGGAGAUGAUCUACCAAUUGAUUUCGACAUUGGUCAACUUUGAGUUUAGAUAUAAACAUAUCUUUAGAGAGGCUGGACUUUUGGACAUCCUCAUCAAGGUCAUCGAUUUAAUGACAAUAGAAUUAAAGAAAGAAACACCAAUCGAUCAUAUAACAUAUCAAACUUUAAAAAUUAAAAAUAAUAACAGCAACAGUAGUAACAGUGAACAACAUCAACAACAACAACAACAUAGUGAUUAUAAUAAUAACAAUAGCAAUGUAGAUAAAAAUAAUAAUAACAACAGCAAUAACAAUAGUAAUCACAACAACAAACAACAAGAAUCAUUUACAAUUUUAUUAGAUUCAAUUUAUUUAUUAACAACUGAACAUCCAGAUAAUAUUGCAAUCACAAGAAGAUAUGGAUUCUUUGAUACACUAUUAUGUUUAGUACCAUAUGGAUUUGUUAGAGGUAAAGCAUUGAGGAUUUUACAACAACUGAUAAAGUAUGAUCCAGAUAUCUCACAGCGAGAAUUCGAUGGAUUGAUCAAGAUUCUUACGAUGGGUCCACACCGAUCGAUUCAAAUGAAGACUGAUAUUUUCAAUGCAAUCAGAAAGCUGUUUGGUAUCUCAAAGUAUGCUAGAGAUUCAUUCAGAGAGCAUGGUGGUUUCGUUGCCAUCAUUUCAGUGCUUAUCGGUAUGGAGUCAAGCUUUAUAAAGACUGUACCAGAGGUAGCUAGACAAGAUCAAGAUCAACAACAACAGCAACAACAAGAAAAAGUAGGAGGAGAAGGAGGAGAUGAUAAACAGACUGUUGUCGAGGAAAGUGAAGAGGAUAUCGAGGAGAGCGUAUUGAAAUCACAGUUUGAGGACAAUGAGAAGUUGGCGUUGCUCGAAUCGAUCUGCAGAAUUACAACUUCGGCGUUGUGUGGAAACACACUGAAUCGAACUUCUUUCGAACAGCAGAUUGGCUAUUCUACUUUUGCUUCGGGUCUGAUGAUGACCGGUGUCCUCUCGACUCUCUAUGCUUCGCGUGUCGUCGACUUUAUUUUCGAUAUGGUCACAGAGAAUCUCAAUGGAAGCGAAGCCAUUGGCAAUCGUAUGCUGAUCAACAAUGUCGAUGCAUUCCUUGUGAUUCUCGAUAUCAUUCCUCACAUUGACAAUCCCGACUACGUGUUGGAUAUCAUCAAGCGAUUGAAUGAGAUGGCAGACUAUGGCCGUUUCAACCAGGAGGCACUCUCAAAGCUGUCGAUCCCCGAUUGGAUUCUAACGAAAUUCCCCAAGUCGCUGAUGAAUGUCAACGAUCCACUGCAACCGCAUCUCCUCAAGCUGAUACAAACGGUCGGUGCCAAUUGUCUGUCGGGUUCGGAGCUGCGACGAUUCGUUCGUUUGUUGCAGCCGGAACACUCGCCUGAGGUUCUACUCAAGAUCCUGGCGUCGAUGGCAAAGUCUCCGUCGACUCCACCCUACUUUGAGUUCAACCCGAACAACCGUGUCAGUCACGGCUACAUCCACUUGCCGAUUCAACAACACCAGUGGCCACCAACCAACGGAUACACCAUCAUCUUUUGGCUGUACAUCGAGAAGAACGGUCCACAGAUCGACCUGCUUCAGAUCUACUCUGAAGACAAACGUUCGAAUCUCACCAUCUUUAUCAAAUCCGGUGUGUUGACAGUGCACAUCCUCAACAACUCAAAGUAUGUCAUUGAAUUCCCGAGUUUCACAUUCGAAGAAGGCAAGUGGUAUCACAUUGGAAUAGUACAUUCGCGUCGUCUACUCAGUGGAACCGACUUUAAAUUGUUUGUCAAUGGAUUCCUCAAGCAGACAGCAUCGAAAGCUCAAUACCCGGCACAAGCAUCAGGCAACCUUUUCUGUGAUAUCGGAUCGGCACUACCCAAUCGCUACACCGGCGAGCAGAUCUGGCGAAUCGGACCAUUCUACCUGACUGAGGAGCCAAUGUCCUCGAAGCAUAUCAACACCAUCUAUUUCCUCGGACCAAACUACAGUGCCAAUUUCAAGGGUCGUUUCUCACCGUACCAAACCUACGAGAUUAUCAAUCACCAGAACUUGACGGCCAUCAAAGAGCUGGACUAUGGCGACCAGCUCGGUCCACUCAAUCUCGUCAAACUCUCGAUGCAAAUCGACGAAUCGCACAUCAUCAUUGGUCUGUGCGCCAACAACAAGAGAAUCACACGCAAAGGUCACGGAAUCAACCAACAGAACAACGAGAAAUCAACACUGCCACCUCACAUUGAGUAUAUUGUUGGAUCGAGUCGCGACACCCCGACAAAGGAUCCCGAUGUCAAAGUGGAGAUUAUCAAUCAAGCCGAUCUCAGUGGUAAGCUGAGAGGACAGUUGAUGGGUAAUGUCGAAGCAUUCCGUCGUAACAAGGUUGCCGAUGGCAUAAGAAAGAUCGGUGGAAUGCCAGUUGCCUUGCUUCUCUUGGAGAAAGCAAACAGCUCGGAAACACUUCACGACGCGAUGCGACUGCUGGUCGGUGUCAUUCAAGGUCACUCUACAAACACCCAUGAGAUGUCACAGAUCAACGGUUACGAAUUGGGAGCUUGGGUUCUCCGUCGUAAAUCACAGUAUUUCAACAAUCAGAUCAUCGAGUUACUCUUUGACAUUGUCGGAAUCAACGGUAAUAUUUCGGUGACUGGUGUCGCCAAUCGCAACGAAGGUACCGUCGCCAAUUGGAAUGCGUGUAAAUACAUCUUGAUGAACUAUCAGCUCUGGAAGAACACCUCGCUCGACAUUCAGAAAUUCGUGUUGCAAGGAUUCAGCGAUUUGAUUGUGGACAAUCAUCAACAUCAAUUCAACUCUGACAGCUUGCGAAAGAUUCAUCUCAUUCAGGAUCUCUUUGACAUUCUCCAGGACGAUACGGUUUGCGAAGAUAUCGUUCCCAAUAUCAUCACAGUGUUGUUCAAUAUGUUCAAUGAGAAGCUGAUUGAAGACGACGUUCGUUUGAUCUCGGCGUUCUUGAUAUCCGGGCUGAAUGGACAGCCGUCGCGUCGUCGCCACUCGCAGCGUUUGGUCGGCGGUGAAACGAGAAUGAAUCGAACUGUCAAUCGUGUCUUCCAGAUGUUCCUCCAAGUGGUUACCACCUCGAAAGACACCAGUGUAAUCUAUCGUCGUGUCUCAUCGUUCUGGAGUUUCUUCUUUAUCAACGAGCAGCAUCCACCUCUUUCCGUUGCCUUGGCACUGCGUGUCUCUGUCGCUUUCUUCCUCAUAAAGUCAGACUACUGCCAUUCCUUUGUUAAAAAAUCUGGAUUCAAGUUGCUCUCAAAGAUUCUCGGUAAUCUAUGCGGCUAUCAAGAGAUCUAUGUGACACUGACACACUUGCUCCUUGGCAGCACUCCACAGUCGUUGCUCGACCAACAAACUCCUGGAUCGACCAACUAUCUUGAGUUCCACGAAUUACUCCACAUCUUCAAACUGAACGAGCAAAAACUCUAUUGUAUUGAAGCGGCAGAGUUGAUUCUCUCGCUUGUCAAGCGUAGCUACGAGGACAACUAUCGUAGCGUUCAAGAUCGUUCCGGUAACUCUACUGGUAGCGGCGACGGAUCCACCUCAAUCCUCGACUUUGGCGGACUCUCACCAACUCCACCUUAUUCCACUGGUAAUAUGUCACCACAUAUCUCAUCGACAUCAUCUUCACCUCAAUCUUCACCACUAGCUGUUUCACAAACCAUUGGAACACCAACCAAAGAGAGUAGUGGUAGUUCCUCCACCACCACCUCGGGAGGACAACAAACCAAUACAAGUUCAAGUGUAUUUCAAUUUGUUGGUUCACUCUUGAGCAAGGUUGAGGAGCGAACAUUGGAGCUAGCAGGUGCCCUCGAAGAGACCGACGGACAACAGCCAUCUUGGUCAAACAAAAAGAAGCGAGCCAGUAUCUCUAUUUCUCACUCGCAAUCUUCCGCCAAUCUAACUUCGGUCAGCAGUUCAUCGAGCAUCAACAAUAAUUUCUCGAGUAGUGUUUCCGACAUUGGUGUCGUUCCACCGUUGAUGCCAUCGGCUACACCCGAAGUUGCAUCGAACCUCCAACAUACAAUGCUCACCUACUUUAUGUACUUGUUCCACGAGAAUCAUUCUUUCCAACAAGAGUUCUACCGUGCCACCCUCAUUGAGUCGCUGAUUGCCAUUCUCUUCCCGAACGGCUCUGUCAACUUGCCUCCAGCAAGUCAGACUCUCCAAUCGAACAACUCGACACCUCCCAAGAAAGAUAGAGUAUUGGAUUUGGUGUUGAAAUUCCUCUGUCAGAUCGUUUUGUCUGCACUGAGAAAAUCUAGUCGCGCCAUACCGAUUGCAGAGGCAGUCCUCGAUGGAACUCCACUGAAGACUACCGACGACGACUAUAUCACCUAUCACACUCGUAUAUUGUUUGAGAUUCUCUACACCAUAGAGACCAACAUCACAAAGAGCGAGUUCUUUGAGACCGACAGAGGAGUGCAUGUACAACCAAUCUAUCGUAGUUUGAAUCGUAUUAUCUUUGACAACAACAACGAUGCCGACUUCAUUGGUUCACUAUGUUAUCCUUUGUUCCGAUUGACCUUUGGUGAGAGUGCAGCAGACACACUCGAGUCUGCCAUCAAACUGUGGAAGCUGCUCGUCCAAUUGAAAUCACCAUUUGCCGAGACACUCAAUUGGACACUCUCCCUAAAGACACAGCAAAAGGGAGAGGUCAUCGAUCUUCGUCCUGGAUUUGACUUGCUGGUGUCCAAGGGAUCUGGCGAAUUCAAUCGUUGGAUGCUAGAAAACAUCACGCAACUCAACAUGGUCUUUGAGGAGAAUGCCAAGCGUGCUCACCUCAACUUUACCAACGCCGAGCGCAAGUCGGCAGCCGACUACAUGGCCGAUAUUAAAUACCGUAGAAAAGAGCGUACUCAGAAGCGUGAGAAGACCGAAACCAAAGCCAGUGCCAACGAGAAAGAGAAGAACGAGCACACCACAAAGAAGGUGGAAUUCUUUGUGCGCACAGAAGCAGAGAGAAAGAAGAAGAUCAAACAGUUGGAGAACGACAAACAAAAGUUCAAUGCCAAGCAAUUCGAAGCCAUGAGAGAUCAGAUCACUAGAGAGCGUGCUGUUUGGGGACCAACUCUGCCUUCGCCACUCGACAAGUUCAAGCUUGACUCUACUGAAGGACCGUAUCGUAUGAGAAAGAAGACCGAGAAGAACUAUGAUUUCUACAAAAACUAUCCAUAUAUCCCUGUUACCUUUGUAGAGAGCAACAGCUCACUUAUCCCAUUGCCUUGCUCAGAUGACUCCAAGGCGUUUAUGGAUAUCGCUGGUACUCCAGAUGCCGAGCUACUCGAGCCAGCCUACUGGAAGUUUACAACUGCCGACGGAACAGUCCUCUCAAGCUCUUCUCCUGCUUUGUCCAGUGCCGAUAAUAACAAUGAGCAACAGAGCAGCCAAUCUGGUACCAGACCAAGUUCAUCCACCAAGAAGAGAAGUAGCUCACUGCUCUCCUCUGUCAACAGCAUAUCGUCUGGCAUAUCGACCAGCUCCAAGUUACCAUCGGAAUCUGGAUCGCCUUUGAAUGCAUCCACUGAUAUCACACCACCGGAAUCACCGUUGCAAUCGUCAAGUGAGGACAUCACAGAGGGUAGUGAAUCCAAGUUGUUCACUCUCACCGAAGAUGAGAAGCAAUCGAUACUCUCUGGCGAUGUCGAUACCGACACGAAUCAACAAUCUGGAACACCAUCGUUGACUAGUCAAGCACCUCCUCAAGCAUUCAAUCAACCUGACGAAGAGGAAAUCGAGGAGCAAGAGGAAAACACUGGUAUGUCUACCAAUGAAGAGGAGAAUCUUGCAUUCACAAGAUUGUUGGAUCCCUAUGAUCAAACCUAUUUGCGUGAGGAGAUGAGACGUAAUCCGAAAUUGGGUUCAGUUAUGUUCAAUUGUGGAAGUGUCGAUGGUAUGGACAAGAUUGAAGGUAUUCUCUUGUUCUGUCCGGUCAACUUGUACAUCUUUGAUGGCUAUGCCAAGGAUGAGCAUACCGGAGAGAUCUCUGAAGUCGAAGAGAAGAUCAAUAUGGAAUGGAUGGCAGAGGGUACAGUUUUGCCAGCAAAGAAAGUCAUUUCACACAACUACAUGAAGUGGGGAUGGGACGACGUAAGAGAAGUUCUCAAACGUCGCCAUCUGUUGCGUCCUGUCGCCAUUGAGUUGUUCUCCACCGACGGACGUAAUACCCUGAUUGUUUUCAAAGAUGAGAUGACUCGCGAGGAAGUUCACUAUAGAAUCGUUACCAACGUAUCUAAUAACAGUAUUGGUGAUGUAUCGGGCAUCAGUGGAUCGCAAACAGUCGAGGAUGACCGUGAUCUCGGUGUCAAGGAGAAGUUUACUUCGAUCUGGAGAAAGUCGCCACUGACUCUCAAGUGGCAACAAAGACAAAUAUCAAACUUCCAGUAUCUCAUGCAUUUGAAUACUCUGGCUGGUCGUUCCUACAACGAUCUUACACAGUAUCCCGUUUUCCCAUGGGUGCUACGUGACUACGAAUCCGAUGAUUUGGAUCUCGACGACCAGUCGGUCUAUCGUGAUCUCUCCAAGCCAAUGGGUGCGCUCGACGAACAGCGUGCAGAGAAGUUUAGAGAGCGUUUCGAGAAUUGGGACGACCAAGAACUGAACGAACACAAUCAACGCGUACCAAAGUUCCAUUACGGUACUCAUUAUUCCUCAGCUGCGAUCGUGCUCUACUACCUGAUUCGUUUGGAGCCAUUCACCCAGCACUUCCUCAAGUUGCAGUCUGGUCGUUGGGAUCAAGCCGAUCGUCUUUUCAGUUCCAUUUCAGAGGCGUGGACUUCUUCAUCGUGCGGUUCGACUGGUUCCAUCAUGGAGUUGAUCCCCGAGUUUUACUAUCUCCCCGAGUUCCUUCUCAACACCAACAAGUUCAACUUUGGAAACAAACAAGGUGGAGAAGCCAUCAAUGAUGUCGUCUUGCCUCCAUGGGCAAAGGGUUCCGUCCACGAAUUCAUUCGUCUGCAUCGUAAAGCACUGGAAUCCGACUAUGUAUCCGAGCAUAUUCACGAGUGGAUCGACUUGAUCUUUGGUUAUCGCCAGCAAGGUAAGGCAGCAGAGGAUGCUCUCAACGUAUUCUACUACCUCACCUAUGAAGGUGCCGUUAAUAUCGAUCUCAUUGAGGAUCCAAUCGAGAAGGCUGCAACCAUUGCACAGAUCAAUAACUUUGGACAGACUCCAAAGCAACUCUUUGAUAAACCACAUCCAAAACGUCAGUCAAUCCUUCCUUCAUUCCCAUUCUACGCGAAAACACUCGUUGGAAACUUUAUUAAGGAUAUUGGAGAACCAGUUGGACAGAUUCGUCUCAUUAACGAGCGUUGUGCUCCCGCCGGUUUCUACAAGCAUUUGUUACCACCCAAUUUCACUCGUUACCUGGCAUGGGGAUUACCAGAUGGUAGCAUCCGUUAUCACAGUGCCGGUGAUAAAGUAAAAGCAUUGGAAGAUCACCACGAUGGUCCACUCACUUGUCUAACAGCAACUGACGAUGGAAACAUUUGUGUCAGUGGUGGAACUGAUAGUAUGGUUUGUGUUUAUAAUCUAAAGAAAUUCUCGCUAUCAAAGAGAUUGAUUGGACACACUGGAACAGUGACAGCUCUGGCUGCUUCCAGACCUUAUUCAGUGAUUGUCAGUGGUUCAGAAGAUCAGACAUGCAUUAUUUGGGAUCUCAAUAGAUUGUGUUACACUAGAACACUUACUGGACACGAUGGUCCCAUCUCUUGCAUUGGUGUUCACGACACCACCGGUGAUAUCGUAACCUGCUCUGGUACCACCAUAAAUAUCUACACGAUCAACGGUGACUUGAUGCUCUCCUAUAAGACCUCACAGAUUAUCUACGAUCAAAUCACCUCUGUGCUCUGGUCAAAGGGACCAGAGUGGUUGAACGAGAAUGUUUUGAUCACCGGACACCGAGACGGUAAGAUCAAGAUCUGGGGAUUGGAGAGUCGUCUCCUCCCAUCGAUUGACAACGAACCACUCUCGCCACUCGCCUACAAGAAUGUAAUUAUUCUUAGAGCUACAUUCCACAGCCCCACUGCUCAUACAAAUUCUGUAACAUCAAUAUAUCUAACAAAUGAUCAACAAAAACUCUACUCUGGUGAUAUUGAUGGAAGAGUAUGUAUGUGGUCUGACAAUGAAAUAACUCAGGUAAGACAGAGAGGUUGGGGUGGACUCAAUACCGAUCUCAGAACUAUAUUACCAACAGGAACUACCAAGAAAUAA